AUGUCACAAGAAGAAGACCUCAUACAUAGGUUCAAUGGAAUUACUUUCACUACCAGAUCAUCUCCGGAGCUUUUAAAAUCCCUGGUUACAUUCAAUGCUAGAGAAGAUGAUGUUCUCUUGGUUUCCUACCCAAAGUCUGGCACUCACUGGCUUGCUGAAAUCUUAAUGCACCUCUAUGCCUCCCGAGUGGCUCUCACUUCACCCAUCGAAUUUGGAGACGUCUCCAGGCUGGACCAGCUGAACUGCCUUUCCUGUAAGAGAAUCAUCCCGACCCAUCUGGAUGGCAACAUGUUGCCGCCCACUUUCAGGCUUAAGAAAUGCAAGGUUAUUUACUUAAUCAGAAACCCAAAAGACAUUGCUGUUUCCAUGUAUCAUUACUACAAAGAGAAUCCCAAUCUUCCCACGGUUGAUUCCUGGCCUCGUUUCCUGGAGAUGUUUUUAAAAGGAGAUGUUGUCUGUGGAUCAUGGUUUGAUCACGUUUUAAGCUGGGAGAAACACAAAAAUGAGAAGAACACCCUGUUCUUGUUCUACGAAGACAUGAAAAAGGAUCUACCUACCGUGGUUCGGAAAGUGAGUGCCUUCCUAGGAGUCAACAUCUCCGAGGGCAAGAUUAACGAAAUCUGUGAAAAAUCUUCCUUCACCAAAAUGAAAAUCAACACGGCGAGAGAAAGUCACGACCCCAGUUGGACAGUCUGUGUGCUCACGUCCGUCCGGAAGCUGGUAUUCCGAAAAGGUGCUGUCGGUGACUGGAAGAACUAUUUCACUCCCAAACAGAACCAGAUGUUUGAAGAGACAUUUAACAAGAAAAUGGCAUUCAGCGAAGUGGCAAAACAUCUCGUUUAUGAAUACUGAUUCGAUGGCAAACAGGGGGGUGAGUCCACAUUAAGUGUGUUUGCUGCAGGCCAGUACUCCUUAAAACGGCUUAUGCCUUCCAGAUUUAUGAACUAGGUUUUUUUUCUUUCCUAAAGAGGAAUGUAGAACGUGUAGAAGCGGUACCGGCAGCGACGUGGAUGCUGGCUCUGAUGUAGGAUG